AUGCUGGUUUCACCUUCACCUCAAUCUCACAGUAAGUCGCAUGACGAUUUUGCGUUAUCAGAUUUUGCACAGUAUCAAUGUUUUCUGGUACAUCAACUGAUUUUGGAUGAUCUUCACGAAUUUUCAAUUUGCGGCGUUGGCGUCGAUGUUUAUUACCAUGGCUACAGUGCUGGAUUGUAUAUAUUAAUUUCUUCUAUAGUCAUUUUCUUCUUAGAAGUUAAAUGGAUUAUUACACUAUUUCUGCACCUUCUGUUUGGCAGCGAUAGUUAUACCUUCUGGUUAAGGCGUUGGCAUGAUUGUAAGGUUAUUGGAGGUUGGCGAUUAGCACCUAUUUACGGUGCUAUAGGAAUUGCCCUUUUAUUGUGGCCUCACAAUCUAUGGUUAAGUUAUGUGGCUGGAGUCUUACUAAUUUUCUUGGCUGUGUUACGUUUAUGCACGAUUAUACGAUUCAGGAGUAGUGCAAAAGUGGAUGGAUUAGUACCACAAUGUGAUUUUGAACAAAUUGUUUCUUAUCCGGAUUUACCAGAAGAUAGUUUUGCUGAAGUGUGUACGAAUUUGGAAGAUGAGGAUCCAAUUGACGAUGUUUGUUAAUUAUUGUUGACAACAGUUAAGUAAAAUGUUAAAAAUAUUUAUAAUAUUACUUAAAUAUAAUUACAGCAGUAAACAGAU